AGUACAAAUGUUGUUAUAUUUAUUUUAUGCAUUAUUGUUGAAAUUUUGUAUGUCAGUAAAGAAAGCAACAUAUUGCAUAACCGACCACUUUUCAGAUAACAAAACAUAACGAAGGCUGCUGGGUUUUGCAUGCAGAUAAGAAGCAAGUGUGACAGGCAAAGUCUCCAGACGAACUGUGCAGAUUCUCCAGGAUGCUCAAUAAUACAUACCAGCUAACUUCCUUAUAAAACUACACAGUGCCCCUGAGACUACUAUUUUUUAAGCAAAGGGUUGUCACCAGAAUUGACUCUGUCUGCUCUUUAUAGUGUUUUAUAGUGCCUUAUUUUUGAAGGCAUCUUUGCUUCACAGCAUUUCUUUGCAAGACUUUUGCACAGUAGCUCAGGUGCGAGGGAACUACACUUUAUUCAUCUGGCCCAAUUAAUGUUAUUUACAUCUUGCCCACUGUGCUGACAUGAAACAUGAAGCAAACGAGCCCAUUAUUCCUGGAAUAAUGCGGUGUGUAUUAGGAUGUGUGUGCACAGGAGUGAGCAUAAGGGCCCUCCUCUUUGUGCACUAGCGCCCUCUUGUCGCCCGCAUCUGAAGUAGCUGUGGGUAUUUCAAACUGGCAUUUAAAGGUUUUCUUCGAGGAUCGGCGGCUGCUCGCGCGUAGCCUUGGCAGCCAAUCUGGGCCCUGUGACGCGCGCGCGAGGCAGCACGGCUCCGUGCUCAUAUUUAACACAGUAGUGCGAGAGAAUAAGGGACAGCACCCGGGACACGAGCUCGCGGAAACACCAGACACCUGCCACAGCAUAGCGGACACACGGCCGACAUUUCAUUCAUGUUCCCCUCCGAACUGUUUCAUUUCCUUUUGCUUCUUAUACGACUUGUCUUGUGUAUUUUUAUAUUUUUUUUAACAUUUUUUUUUGCACUGCACGGACUUGAUUCAAUGCUUUUGUGCAAUCUAUAGUGAUAAAAAGGAUGCAUCUGUUCUUUAACGUUCACUGAGGAAACGGACUGCAACUGAUACGAUUUCUUAUUUGAUGCUUUUUUAUUUGAUUGUUGGUUUUUCCUUCACUGGGAUGGAGGGCAGCUCCGGAUUUAUAGCUCGCCACCUUUAAAAACAUUUCGACUGUAGGUGUACAGGAAGAUGCGCGCUAUACAACGCUGAUUGAUAGAAAAUCUUUUUCCUUUUGUUUUUUUUUUUGUUGUUGUUGUUUUGUUUUGGUUUGGUUUGGUUUUGUGGGGUUUUUUUUUUUUUUUUUUUUUUGCAUAAUAACAUGACCUGAACGCAAAAGAGGAAUCAUAGCUAAAAAUCCAAAGAACGCGGAUUACACUUUGAAAUGAAAGCAGAUGCAUAUCCAAGAAGCACCGCGCGGUGUGUUUUCGUUUCAGCAUCCUUAAAACACCGGUAAUGUGGCACUCAGAUUGAUCAAACUAGCCACCGUUUGUAACGUUCAAAAUGAUCCUUUUCCGAAAAUUCCGCGUGUUGCUUCUCAUGGUGUUCCUCGUAGCGUGCACCAUGCACAUCAUGAUAGACUUGCUGCCCAAACUGGAGAAGAGAGCAGUGGGAGCGGACUCCGCAAACUCGGGCUGUUCUUGCGCGCACGAGCCGAGCGAGGCGCCUCGCGGCCGGGGCAAGCAGCAGCAACAGCCGCAGCAGUUGCAACAGCAACGCGCGAGGUCCGGAGCACCGGCGGAAGCAAGCUGGCCCAACAAGCACACGCUGAGAAUCUUACAAGAUUUCAGCCAAGAGCCCAGCUCAAACCUCAGCUCACAGUCUCUGGAGAAGGCGGCGGCCACCGGAGACAAGACGGAUGCGACCCGAGGAGGGAAGCAGCGCGCGGCGGACUCUGAGAGCCAGAGGAGUCUGAUGAAGGAGGCGGCGAGUGGAAGCAAGCAGGCUAACAGAGGCACCUCCAGACUCGCAGCUCUCUACCAGCACCCGCUGUAUAGAACCGAGCUGCCGCUGCUCACCGACGACGACACGCUGUUCAAUGUCAAUACGGACAUACGAUUUUAUUCCAAAGCCACCGGAAACCAAGAAUGGCACCAUGAGGGAAAUGAGGAAGAGGAGUACAACCCAACCGGGGAGGCCACUGCUGAGUCAUACCCCAACUGGCUUCGCUUCCACAUUGGGAUUAACCGCUAUGAGCUCUACUCCAGACACAACCUUGUAGUGGAGGCUCUGCUCAAAGACCUGCAGGCCCAGAAGAUCACAAGCGUAGCUAUGAAGUCUGGUGGCACUCAGCUGAAACUCAUCAUGACAUUUCAGAAUUAUGGCCAAGCUCUCUUCAAGCCGAUGAAGCAAACCAGAGAGCAAGAGACCCCCCCAGACUUUUUCUACUUCUCUGACUUUGAGAGGCACAACGCCGAGAUUGCAGCAUUUCAUCUCGACAGAAUUCUGGAUUUCCGACGGGUUCCACCUGUGGCUGGCAGACUAGUAAACAUGACACGAGAGAUUCGAGAUGUAACUCGAGACAAGAAGCUCUGGCGGACAUUCUUCAUCUCUCCAGCCAACAACAUUUGUUUCUAUGGUGAAUGCUCAUACUAUUGCUCCACUGAACAUGCCCUCUGUGGCAAACCUGACCAGAUUGAGGGCUCAUUGGCUGCUUUUCUGCCUGACCUGGCCCUCGCCAAGCGCAAGACCUGGAGGAACCCCUGGCGCCGCUCAUACCAUAAGCGCAAGAAAGCUGAGUGGGAAGUGGAUCCAGAUUACUGUGAUGAAGUAAAGCAGACUCCGCCCUACGACCAUGGUGCCCGUCUGCUGGAUAUCAUGGACAUGACCAUCUUUGACUUCCUCAUGGGCAACAUGGACCGUCACCAUUAUGAGACGUUUGAGAAGUUUGGCAACGAGACAUUCAUCAUCCAUCUGGACAACGGCAGAGGAUUUGGAAAACACUCACAUGAUGAAAUGUCAAUCUUGGUGCCCUUGAGUCAGUGCUGCAGGGUGAGGAGGUCCACCUACCUGCGGCUUCAGCUGCUGGCUAAGGAGGAGUACCAGCUGAGCUCGCUGAUGGAGGAGUCUCUUGUGCGUGACCACCUUUCUCCCAUCCUCAUUAGACCGCACCUGCAGGCUUUGGACCGGCGCCUGCGCCUGGCUCUAAACGUGCUGGCCGAAUGUGUGGAGAAGGAGGGCUACAGCGCUGUAGUUGAGGACGACAUGGAGCAUCAUCAGACCUCUCGGGCUAGGUAGUGGAACCCGGACCUACACCAUGAGCCUCGGCCACAUCGUGCUUGAGACGCAUGUUUGAAUUCAGUGAAUUCCAAGAGACUCACCACUAAUGCCUCUGAACUGCCACUCUGCAUAUGGAUAUGUCUGGUAUGUGUACAGAUGUUGACCAGACGUGCUCCCAGUUACUUUUUUUCCCCACGUACAGACGUGCUCCCCACAUACUUUUUAAGACUUUAGACCAGAGGCUUUACGGAAAAGAGGUCCGUUUUUUUUUUUGUUGUUGUUUUGAUGCUACCCACAAGCACCAGGGAUUGUAUUUUAUGUUCAUUUGAUUUGUUUAUUUUUAUCUUUGAAGUCCAAGGCUUGCAUUUUAGCCACUGUGGAAGCUGCAGCACAUGUUGUUUUGUUACACCCUGCUUUUUAUUACAUGAUUGGUUGUGCAAAACUAAUUUAUUAAUUUAGCAUAUUUCCAUAAUUUCAGUAUACUAACAAGAUGGUAGUUGUACAGAGAUGUAUAGUAGAAGCACAGAGAGACUUUUGACCAGUAAUACAGUGAUCACCUGUUUUGUUGCUUGAGAUUUACCUGCCUAUAAAAAGGCUGUUCCUUGAUCCGGCUAAUCUAACAGACUCGUUCUCUGGAGCAGGUGUGUUAGAUAAGGUUUCGGACUGAAUUCUGUUCAAGGUACAGAGCUGAUGAUCACCGUAUUAGGCAACAUGAGACUGGAAUAAGAGGUGAACUUUAUUUACUACAGUUAGCAUAGGACUUAUAGAUAUAUUUAUGGUUAUGAUUUCUUUUCUAUGUAGCCAACUGCGCUCUGUGUGUGAGAUAAAGAUACAUUUAAGCUUUAAGAGCAGUACUGCAGUGCAGUGCUCCUCCUGUGAGGACCCGUAUACGAUGCCUCUCCUCUCUGUGUGUGACCUGAUUUGGUUUUCCUAAUCGCUUUCGAAAGCUUACAUAGAUGCAUCUGCAAGUCGGACUCUGUGCAAUCCAGUGUUAAGUAUUUUUUAUUCCAUGUUGUGAACUCUGCACUUCCUCUCUCAUUAGUGUUAUUCAGUGCUGGAUUGAGCAUGACAUUUAGGGUUAUUCAAAAGUGCACUCUUGGUAGGAACUUUGUGGAAGAGUGCAGAAUGACUCUAAUUGGUGUUUUUGUUUUGGCACUGCCUCCCAUCAGCGACACCAUGCAGAAUGCACCUGUUUCCCCGCAUGGGGAGCUUUGCCACUCUCAGAUGCAACGCUGCCACAGUUGUUAAUUCUGUGUCCUUUUCUGUGCCAUACAUGGGCAAGCUGAUCCUUUCUCACUGCUGCACUCUCAGUUCUUUUUGUAAUUAGUAAGCAGAAUUCACAUCUCUGCAUCAGUGUAUAUAAAGCGUUUGUGUUUUUGUAUGAUAAAACAAAUUAUCUGUAUGCUAGCGUUGUUACUAGACAUUUUUCAGACUAAUGACUACAUCAUAGUCAUUGCAAAUAUUUCAGUCAAUUUUUUUUCUUUUAGAAGAUUCAGCAUCACCAGAUUUUUUUUUUUAAUCACUAUGGCCAAAAGGCAAGAGAGUGCCUUUAUCAUUCCUCAUACUGACACAAGAAAACAAUUUUAUGUUUAAACUAUUUCAAGACACUAUGGGCCAUAUUCAGAGUUAAGUAAUAUGUAAUAUGAAUGCUUGGGCAUGUUUUCUUUAUAGGAGAGUGCAUCGAAUUAACCAAAACAUUGGCAAUAUUUUAAUAAUUAAAACUAUUAAACACAAACUAGUAAAAGCUUCCUAAGAUACACAAUACCUAAUAAAUGAUAUCAUAAGAUAUAUGAUAUCUAAUACGUUUCAUGUGUGAGUUCAUGACCUCAAUUUAGUAUCUCAUGGCAUCUCAUGCACAAGUAACUGUUGGAGCACAAAAAAAUAAAUAAAAUGUAAAAUAAUAGGAUGCGCUGGAUCAAGUGCUAUUUUAUAAGCUGCUGGAAGGCAUUGUGUGAUUCAUUUUAUAUUAUAUCGCAUUAUUAUCAUCAUUUUUAGUUUUCAUUUUUAAAUUGUUACAUCGUAUUGCAUAUGACAGCAGUGAAAUAUCUGCUUCUUCAGUCCCCAUUACUAGCUCUGAUUUUGUGUUUCCAGGCUUAUCAGCUAGUGCUUGUGUUUAAUGGUGGUGGUCUAGACAAUACUGCAAAUCCCUGUCUUAGACACUUCUAUUCAAGAGAAUCUGGCAACCUCAGAGGCAUGGACUACAUGCGGGUAAUUUGCAGAACCUGAAUGGAACGGCAAAAAAAUUUACAUAUCCACGUGCCU